CGUCGAGCCGCAGCCGGGAGGGCGGGCGGCCCAGGCGGCAGCAACCCGCGCCCACACCCGCAGGCAGGUCCGGAGCAGAAGAGGGCUUGCUGCCCCCAUCCUGCAGAAGAGGAAGCAGCUUCAGACUCGAAUCACUUGCCCGCAGGUCCCUGGAUGGUGGAAAUUGAACCAUGACAGUAGAGCCCCCCAGAAGAGGCCUUCUGAUGCUGCUGAUGGCCUUAGGCCUGACCAAGGGUGACCCUGUGAAGCCCUCUCGGGGGCCACUGGUGACCUGCAGGUGUGAAAGCCCCCACUGCAGGGGGCCUACCUGCCAGGGGGCCUGGUGCACAGUAGUGCUGGUUCGGGAAGAAGGCAGGCGCCCCCAGGAACACCGGGGCUGCGGGAACCUGCACCAGGAGCUCUGCAGGGGGCGCCCCACGGAGUUUGUCAACCACUACUGCUGCUACAGCCCCCUCUGCAACCACAAUGUGUCCCUGGUCCUAGAGGCCACCCAAACUCCAGAGCACUGGAAUGUAGAUGGCCAGUUGCCUCUGAUCCUGGGCCCGGUGCUGGCCCUGCUCGCCCUGGUGGCUCUGGGUGCCCUGGGCCUGUGGCAUGUCCGGCGGAGGCAGGAGAAGCAGCCAGGCCUGCACAGUAAACUGGACGAGUCCAGCAUCAUCCUGAAGGCAUCUGAGCAGGGAGACAGCAUGUUGGGGGACCUCCUGGACAGCGACUGCACCACGGGCAGUGGCUCGGGGCUCCCCUUCCUGGUGCAGAGGACAGUGGCACGACAGGUCGCCCUGGUGGAAUGUGUGGGAAAAGGCCGCUAUGGGGAGGUGUGGAGGGGCCUGUGGCAUGGCGAGAGUGUGGCUGUGAAGAUCUUCUCUUCGAGGGAUGAACAGUCCUGGUUCCGGGAGACGGAGAUCUACAACACGGUGUUGCUCAGACACGACAAUAUCCUAGGCUUCAUCGCCUCUGACAUGACCUCCCGCAACUCCAGCACGCAGCUGUGGCUCAUCACGCACUACCAUGAGCACGGCUCGCUCUACGACUUUCUGCAGAGGCAGACGCUGGAGCCCCAGCUGGCCCUGAGGCUCGCCGUGUCCACUGCCUGCGGCCUGGCGCACCUGCACGUGGAGAUCUUUGGCACGCAGGGCAAACCGGCCAUCGCUCACCGAGACCUCAAGAGCCGAAAUGUGCUGGUCAAGAGCAACUUGCAGUGUUGCAUCGCCGACCUGGGCCUGGCUGUGAUGCACUCCCAGGGUAGUGAUUACCUGGACAUCGGCAACAACCCUCGCGUGGGCACCAAGCGGUACAUGGCGCCGGAGGUGCUGGAUGAGCAGAUCCGCACCGACUGCUUUGAGUCUUACAAGUGGACCGACAUCUGGGCCUUCGGCCUGGUGCUGUGGGAGAUCACCCGCCGGACCAUCGUCAAUGGCAUUGUGGAAGAUUACAGGCCACCCUUCUAUGAUGUGGUGCCCAAUGACCCCAGCUUUGAGGACAUGAAGAAGGUGGUUUGUGUUGACCAGCAGACCCCCACCAUCCCCAACCGUCUGGCUGCAGACCCGGUCCUCUCCGGCCUGGCGCAGAUGAUGCGGGAGUGUUGGUACCCCAACCCCUCAGCACGCCUCACCGCGCUGCGGAUCAAGAAGACACUCCAGAAGCUCAGCAACAGCCUGGAGAAGCGGAAAGUGAUUCACUAGCCACGGGCCUGCCGCAGCUGCCUGCAAGGGGGUGGAGGCUGGAGCGUGGUGGGUGGUGGCCUAUCAGGGCAGAGGUGGUGUGAGUGUGUGUACUGGGGAGGGGUACCCCUCUAGGGGUGGCUAUGCCUGCCCAGCUGGGCCCCCAGCCCAUCUAGCCAAAAAUACAGCUGGGCUGAAACCUGAUCCCCUGGCUGUCUGGUCUGCUCAAAGCAGCAGGCUCCCUGACGCCUGACUCCCUCCCCGCCCCAACACCCUGGGUGCACCCCUACCCCAAAGCACCCUCACCACCACAUGAUGCAGAAAAGGCCCCACAGCCCUGGAAGACCAGCCAGGGAAUCCCAGGCCCAGGCCCAGGCCUCCACUUUACCCCCUGCCCUCAGCCAACCCCACGGCCCCACCGGAGCUGCCAGGGUGGCACAGGGCCUCGUCUGGCCUUCAGCAGACACCCUGUCCUGCCAGGCCUGAGCCUCUGGCACAAGCUGCAGACACCCAUCAGUUUCUCUCUGUGGGUUUGUAUCUUGGCCCCAUGACUCCUGGGGCCUCUGCCUUCCAGAAGAGGUCCCAGCUAGCUGAAUGCCAGUUUCCUGGCCAGCUGUGCCCCACCUACUUCCUAGCUGACUUAUUAGGGCAUUAACCGAGUGGUUCCUGCUGAAGGUAUGGCAGGGUCACAGGCCAGUGGAGAGGUAGCAGGUAGGAAAGGCCAGGCCUUUGGAAGUUCUACGACCAAGCAUGGCUAGGCAAGGCUCAGUCGGGAGGCAGGAAGCCCAGGUUUUGGUCCUGAGCCUUGCUCAGUGCGAUAGGAAUGAGGCUUUCACUGUUCCUGGACCAUUUUUCUUCAUCUGCCUAUUGAAAGAUUUGGUCCUGACAUCCUUUGAGAUUCUUCAGCUCUAAUUUUCCUCGAAGUUUCAGCCGGUGACAGAGCUCAGCUAACCAGUCUCUUCUACUCUCUGGCCUAGCCCCUGGCAAUUUGCCUCAAGAUGGGGAUUUCAAAAUAACUUUAUCUGAAGCCAGGUCUGAAACACUUCCUAGUAUGGUUCUACAAGCGCCAACUCUUGCCUUGACCCAUGUCAGUGGUCAUCCUUUGCUUCAGACAGUCCUGGGCCUUCUGGCUAACAAAGCAACCGCCUCAAUGGCUUAGCCUCCUUGGCCCUGGACUUAGAGGGACUGAGGAUCAGCUUCCUGCAGGGCCUCCAGGCUCAGAAGAUAUUUGCCUUCAGCCAAAAGCCUAUAGCACUUGGCCUCUUGCUCCCCACUGGCCUCUGGUCCAGGCCCAUACUCUUGACCAGGCCCCAGAGAACCUGGUGCCUCUUGAAGAAUACACAAAGUUUGGCAUUUGGGAACAUUGAGGGUGUGUGUCCAUGCACUGAGGACAUUUCCCUGGACCCUGGGCAGCCAGAUGGAUUGGAGGAGGUGAGUUAGAAGUGUGGGCUGGGGCUCAGGCCAGGGACAAGGACAGAGCCAAGCUUGGGAAGAAUUGGCCUCAUAGCCCUCAGCCCUUGGGGUAGGAACCUCCACGGGAGGUGAAGAAAGCACAGCCUCCUCCCCUUCUGCCAUAAAUGACCCAGCACAACCUUCCCAGCAGGCAGGCGAGCAGGCGGGCUUCUUGAAUGUUUCUUGCACCGGCUUGUGGCACUUUCCCAGGCCUGCUCCCAGGUUGUGCAACAGGAGAACCAGGAAGUGAAACUGGGUGACAACAGAGAGCUGCUCGGACCUGCUGGCUCCCCGAGUCACCACGGCCACUCUGCUUCCUGGCAGUCUCAUGUCUUCGGUUGCUCGAACCCGCAUAGCCCAGGAAUUAAUCUGCCCCUGAAGGAUUUUCUCCAGUGGACUGCAGAGUGAGAUCUCCUCCUGAGAGGCCACAGUCACGUAUUGAAGGCAGCAACUCCCCAGGGGCUGGAAAACCCCUAUGAGCAGGACUGGGGCAGGAGGCAGAGUAACUGGGGGAGGCCUGAGUGAAGGAGCCAGGCAGCCCCAGGGCAGCCAAAGGCCGAGAUGGGGAGGAGGCAGUGGGGAGAGCAGCCUGCAUAAAACCCUGAUGCAGGAGGAUAUGUCGGGUGGAAAUCACACUUCUCUUACUGCAGAUGCUGUUUGUGGGAGCAUUUAGCAUGUGCCUAGCACAUAGUAGGUCCUCAAUAAACCAUGGCACCCAGAGCUCUUGCUGAGUCUUCCUAGGCAGCGCCACCGCAGUGGCCCAUAACAGAGGAAACCUGAGGGGACUGGGGAGGAAAGGGUCCCCAGCUACCCCUGCCCCGGGGUCUCCCUUAAUAGAUCAUUUACGGC